GUUAGUGGCUUAAAGUGUUAACGGGUUAACGCAGGCAAACAGCUUUGUCAGUCGUUUGCGAUUACUCGCCGUUAACGGUCGGUCCGACGCUUGGUGCUUAACUUAGAGAAGAAGAAAACAAAAAAACACUCAACAUAAUCGUUUCGGCAUUGAUUGAUUUGCGUACAGCUUCGAAAAAAAAAUAUUGAAAAAUAAGCAAAAAUUUGAAAUCACAAUUUUUUAACGCUGAAGAACGCACACGUGCAUGCCUGUGUGUAUGUUUUUUCCGUACUUUGCAUAUUUUUGUUCGAGGGCGCGCAAAUUUGUAGCGAACGUGUGUGUGUUUGUACUUAGCAUUUAUGCCGUCGUGGAUUGAUUGUUUGUUGAAAUAAUUAGAAUUUUUGCGGCUAAGUGCGAGUUGCUGAGAAUACUCGGCAGACGCUGUUAACGCUGACGAAUCAAAUCGCAAUUAAGUUAAUCAAAAACAACUCGAGCAAAUUUAAAUAAAAAAUAAACGUUCGUUUAACUGACAGCAGCACGCUUUGCUAAAGGAAUUCCAAUUAAAUAUCGCUCGCGUGAAAAAAUGCCGUUCCGCGUCGCUUGCUGACAAAGCGCAACCAUUCGAAAACCAGUUAAAAACCCAGUGACUAACACAACAAAUGGCGCUAACGAACUUUUCGCUGCCCUUUGGUGCUUUAGUGCAACCAGUGCCAACGUGGGGUACCACACUGCCGCCCCUCCAUCCCGCUCAUCAGCUGGCCGCUAAUACCAACAAUUUACUCUACUCGCCGGCCGAUCAUCAACAGCAACAGGGUGACGAUGCGCCGCCGCCACCUGAGUCAGACUUCUACAAAAAUAAUCCAUAUGCGCCACCACAGCUGCAUCAGCAGCAACAACAACAACAACAGCAGUCCAUACGUCAAUCAUAUCAAUACAAUAGCAAUAAUAACAAUAAUAAUAAUAAUAAUAGUAAUCGGCUGAAAGGCGGCAACACCUACUUACCGCCUAUACCGCCACCCGGCGCGCGUAAUACACAAUUUAAUAACCAAAAACAACAACAGCAACACCAUCAACAGCAUUAUAGUCAUUUCAGCAUAAAUCAACAGCAGCAACAACAGCAACAGCAGCAUCAUCAACUACAACAGCAGCAACAAAUUAAUGGCAACAAUGUCGCCUUCAAGGCAGCCACUUCCGCAUCGUCUGCUGCCGCUGCCGCCUCCUCCUCCUCGGCGGCAGCUUCUUCGACUAGAACCUACGGUGAAGGUUCGUAUAAUCGUUUUGGGCCUGGAGGCGCAGCAACACCACAACAACAACAGCAGCAACAACAACGUCAUCAACAGCAACAACAACAACAAAAGCAAUAUUAUAAUUGCUACACUCACAGCACUUCGUCAUUUGCCGCUCAAUCGCAGUCAAAGACUCAAACGCAGACUAGCCAACAGAGUUUUGGUAACAUCGCGCCAGAUACCGAAGCUCCACCAGCACCUCUACCACAACCGGCUGCGGUUUAUGGUGCAGCCGCCGCGCCCUCGGUCAGAACGGAUGGUGACUUGAGUGGCGGCGAUGAGGGCGUAGCAGCGACAGGUGGUAAUAGUGGCGAUGAUGGCGGGGCUGACAACGAUGCAUUUCCUCAUCGUCCACCUGGCUUUACGCGCGUUCAGGCCGGCCAGGGCUCACGCACACAGGUGCAUGCUGUACUGGACUACGAUGCGGAGGAGAGCGAGGAGGAGGAAUACUACGAUGAAGGCGAUAAGGGUGAGUACUUGAAUAAAUGA